AUGUCAGAGCUUGGAGGCGACGAAUGGCUGCCGCCUGCUACUGGUUGCAUCUCCCAUCACUGCGGCCGGCCUGGAGAUGGAUCUGCAGCAGCACGAGAUGCAUGCAAUUCGGGAGCCCGACCGCAACGCUGGAAGCUCUCCAAGCCGGCAUCGGGUUACACGAGCGUGGAGGCUCUUGGACAUUCCAGAGACAGCAAGCCGACGACAUUGAUGCGAAGCACGUCCACCUUGUCCCUUGGCGCCAACGCGCACAAUGCCGGCUCUGAGACGAGACAACCUGGAAGGCUGGAGUCGCCAUCACCUGGGGUGGCGUGUUGUUCUAGUACACCAGCUGUACGUCCGUACCUACGGGGCGAUGAAGGCGGCCCAGGGCAAGACAUGGCACCGUGGUGGCCCUGGUAA